AUGACAGGUGGAGGGCUCUCUGUAUCGGACUGCGGUGUGCAUACUGAGGAGCUCGAGCCAGUGACAACGGUAUCAACACUGAUGGAGCCUGACAGCGUGUCACGUUUGGGCAGCCACGCUCAGUCAGAGUCCCUGAAUCGAUGCUUCGCUCAUGAGCCAGUGGACCGGCUCAACGGGCCAGAUGUGUUCAUAGGAGAGGAUAUCGUGGUUGAUGAGAUUGCGCAUCUACCACCGUUCGAACAGACGGUGCAAUACUACCGAGGCGCCGGCCAUACUUUGAGAGACGCUGUGAUUCGAAGGCAGUCAACAAGAACGUUCCCUACGGACGAUAUACUCCUUCAAAGGAUGGAGGACCAGUUGGUGCGGUGGAGCCCGCCACAGAGCUCCUUCAAAGUGGAUGAUAUUUUAAACGACAGGCACGCGUAUCAAAGGCCAAACAUGCCAAAGUGCGAAGUCUUGGGCAUAUCGGGGGCUCAAGACACAGCUGAUAGUGAUGUUGAAGGUUCUGUGAGCAUACAGCGACUUCAGCGAAUACACGAUGAGCUGAGAACAUCCUCUGUGGGGCCUUCCAGCAUGGAACCUUCCAGCAUGGGACCUCCCGGCACGGAACCCUAUGGAGGCAAUCAGAGACUCAGCACGAUAGAUGAAGACCCACUGGUCGAAGCAACUACAGCACAGUUGGAUCAAUUGGCACGGUCACCAUCGAUAAGCUCAUCAAUGCUACAGAGACUAACCGCUGUGAAGUUGGAAGACAGCGCACAGGACGCCGUGGAACAAUCUCCACUCACCAUUGAGGCGUUUCCCAUAAGCGACGAAGAUAUAAGAGCCUUGGUGAAAGACCAACCCACCGCUCACCAAGAUAUGGUGGCACAACGAUGUGUAGUGCAGUGUGCUAACGGAGAGCUUGCCUCAGAGCCACUGUUCUGUGACGAACUAUCGCUGAUUUGCUCAGAAAUGUGGUUAGACUGUUGGGCUUGUCUUUCAUGUAACUGCCAAAGCAUUGAUGAAGACACCAGGGCACUCUACCUUUCACAUCGUCCACAUUAG